CCUCUGCGUAUGUUGCGUUCGGGAUUGCCUGUGGUGAGACCAAGAGUUCGUGGUAAUAAACACGCGACCCUUGGUCACAGUAUUUCCCAUCCGGAGGACGCAACUUCGGAACACGCUUUUCAAUUUGUGGAUAUGCAUCACGGUGGAGCAAAAACCUUGCCAAAGAUUCGAGCACCGCCACCCCCUCAUCUGCCACCUCCCUUACCUCAAACUCGAAGCUUGGAGAGGCAUCAUUCCGCUUUGGAGAUCGAGAACAAUCAGAAUCAGAGUAACGUCGACGAAAAUCCGAUACCAUUGCCGCCGCGAGAUCGCUCGAAAACGUUACAACCGAAAUCGAGUUUGCCGAGACAUCAAAGAAAGCAUCCGUUGAUCAUACCAGGUGGAGGAGUGACGAGGACCCUCGCCAAAAUGGCCGUUACGACGCCACCUGCUCUAGAGGAUCAAGUCGAUGGUAAUUUUCUUCUCCAAUAUGCGAAUUCACCGACCACCAGUACUUCCACCCUGCAGGAGAGUUAUUCUCCGGAAGUUUCGACUAACAGCCCGGAAGAAUUUGAGCAGCGCAUCGAGUCGGAGCUAGCCGCUCUGGAUUCUUUGCCCAUGGACGAAAACAAGAUGCAUCGUUGCAGCGUCAUUUCGGAAGAUCUACUCGAGUUUUCUGACAAUCUGAUCGAUGCCGAGGAUACAGGAUCCUGUCCUGAAAACGCAUCGGAGGAAACAAACGAUUCCAUUGAUGUUCGCUUCAGAAGAAAGAUCAGCGUGGAGUCGAAAAAUUCCCAAAAAAGCAUCGCUUCGAAAUCCCUCGAGGAAGAGACCGAGACAGGACUGCCCAGUAGGAACUCCACUACAUCCAGCUCGAGCAGAUCGGAAGAGUCGAGUCUUUCCAAUAAGAAUGAAUCUCCGAGCGUAGCUUUGAUCGCAAGGUCCCAGCCAACAAGCGCAAGAGGAGGAGGAUCGUCGUCGAACCAUCAAAAAAGAUCUUUCAACUGUACGCUUCAGAUAGAACGGCCUUUUGCGGAGGAAUCUAACGUGAUCGCUACCACUGGUACGAUUACGCAAUACAACGUAAAUACGGCGAAAUCCUCUGAAUCGGACAACACGAAUCGCAAGGAUUUUAGUUGCUGUAACAACGAAAACUACUUUACGUCAAAUACAAAAUCAUACGAUCGCGAAGAAACGGAUAAAUUGGUAGUCACCCGUAGCAGCGACCUGUCGCGACAAUCCGAUCAUGUUUCCUGUGAGGAUCUUUUAGAGUUUGCUUGCGACGGUCCGAACGCUCGCAGAACUCGUGGCCCGCGUAAUGGGGAACAGUCUGACGAAGUGAGAAUUAUGUUGAAGGUUUUGCACGAUCAAUCGACUCCUGAGUCAUGCAUAGCGGCCUUGAAUGUAACCGGCUGGGACGUCUUGACGGCGAUAAAGCUCGAACGUCUUCAAGGCUUGUUGAAAAGGGAAAACAAUUUUGUUGGCCUCGAGGAUUGCAAGCUGAUGCUCAGCCAGUGCGGCGGGGACGUCGUUAAAGCGGCCGCCUUGCUACGAAAUACCGAUGACACUGCUGCGGUUUAGUUCUCGAGAUACAAAACUUCUAUACGCUUUUGUUUUUCUUUUUUCUACAGAUAAUUGAGAUUCGCGAGAUUUUUAUUUAUUUUGUUAGGGCUUUUUCUUUUAUAUAGCGAUACAAAAAUAUAGUAUUUCAAAGCGAUACGCUUUUCCAAUUCUAUUAUUGCGUUAAGUGUCGUUUUUUGCGUGACGGCCGAUCGAAUUUUCCAAAAAUUCGUGUCAACGUGUUUCAAAGAAACGUUUAAUCGCUUAUUUAAUUUAUCUUAUUAUUUUUCCGCAGAGUAAUUUGCAUUUUUUAUUGUAUCUCGAUACGAUGUGAUAUACUUUGCACAAUAAGUAAUCUCCUCAAA